AUGAAGUCCACCAUCAUUUUCAUCUCCGCCGUGGGAUUGACCCUGGCAGCACCACAGUCGUCCUGUGCCAAUGGGGUUCAACACCCGAAAACCGGCACCGCCGGCAAGCUCCCAUGGAAACCACAGCCUUGGAACAGCAAUCUCUUCGAGGAGAAUGAGGGCAAGACCUUGGAUCCGGCCGUGGUCCAAGAAAAUCAGGAUCGCUUAGACAAGUGCGCUCGUGCGAAAAGACUCGACGAAGAUCUCUGCGGCACAAAACUCUACUGUGAGGUGUUCGACCGUAUUAACGGCAUCAUCGAGAAUCUUGAUCAGUCAUUCAAGGACUACAAAUUCGAGUACACCUCUCAGAAAGAAUGCCUUGAGGCCCGCGAGGAACCAACCGCCCAGUCCAGCACGUCAGCGGCGCCCAAGCCUCCUGGCAUGCCGCAGCAGCCUCCCGCAAAGACAAAGACGCAGCAGUCCUCGGACGAGCGGCUCCAAGCCCACUGUGGCCGUUUCGGAGAUGAAAAGGCGCAAAAGUCGUGUAUGUUCGCCGCCAGACGGUGCACGGCGCAGGUCCCUCGUGGUGCACCCGUCGACCAGUUCCUAGCCUGCGUUGACAGGAUGCAGUUCUGUGCCGACAGUUUUAAUGACAUUAAUACGUCACUUGACGAGUGCUUGGACAAGACGAAGAGGUGCAGCGAGGAGAAGAAGUUGCCUCUGGGAGAUUUGACGAAGCUUGCCGAAUGUACGAAGUAG